UGAGCUCUUGAGAGGGGCUGAAGAUCGGACCGUGUGAAGAUAUCCGGUUAAGUUUGCGUACCCGCGUGGACAUGGCGCCGUCCAAGAACGCCGUCCCAGACCGGUGGCCCGACUACACAGACCACGGCGAUGUGGUUCCCGGGACGCGAUUCGUGCCGUUCAAGGCACCGCUUCGCGACGCCAUAUGCUCGGGCCUUCCAGACAACAGGCGGUUCACGCCGGACCGUCUGCUCGAGCAGGUACAGGGCCUAGGCCUCGUCAUCGACCUGACGAACACGGACCGCUACUACGACCCCCAGUGCAUCGUCUCCCGCGGCGUGGCCCACACCAAGAUCAUGUGUCCCGGUGCUCGCGUGCCCAACGCGAAAGUCGUCAAGUCGUUCUUCAACGCCGUCGGCGGAUUCGUCGGGCGGUCCGACAACGACGGCAAGCUCAUAGGGGUUCACUGCACGCACGGCGUUAACAGGACCGGAUACGUGGUAUGCAGAUACAUGGUCGACAAGCUCGGCAUUGCGCCGGCAAAGGCCAUCGAAGAUUUCCAGAAAGCCCGCGGCCACAAUUUCGAUAGGCAGGAGUACGUCAGCGACCUGCAAGGGAGAGGUCGGACGUCGCCGACGUAGCAGGGAUGGCGCUGCGAACGGACUACAGUACACGUCAACGACGUGUGUCUUUUGCUUAGAAACUAGCUUUUAAAAU